UUUUGUUCCGUGGCUUGGCGGAGCGAAUGUGCACAGUUCACUAUUGUCCCCGGGAAACACGUGUUCCGCGCACAUUUGUUCCGCGCUUGAGAACAGGACGAAUACAAACAAGAUGGCGUUUGACCCAGAAGGCGUUGUUGUGGUUAUUAUAUUGUAUUGAUCUUAAUCGGAACGCACAUGCACACUUGAAUGUCGUUUAAAUGCAGUACACGUCGUUAGUCAUUGUAUUUGAAUACAUUAGUGGUACAUCGUGGUAGCUUAGAUUGCUACUUAGCUUAGCUUGUUGGCUGCUAACAAAGACAAAACACAUCGCAAAGUGUGAGUGUAAAGUGUUGGGAUUGUGUGAAAAUGUGCGAAAGAACGACAGCAGAGUACGAGGAGGAACUUUGUCCAACAAAAGAGGAGAAGGAGCGACAUCGUCAACUGCGUGUUGUUUUCAAAGAGCCUAAUGUUGUGUUACACCCAGCAGACAUCCAGCCACCGAUGAGAUGUCAAGAGGAAUCUCUCUCUCUUUCGCACAGAGGACGCUUCAAUUGGAAGCAGGAGGAUCCACAGCCCAUCUAUUUUAAACUGGAAGAGCAGGACCCACAGUAUCCCCGUGUUAAAGAGGAAGAGGAGGAUCUCUGGAUCACUCAGGGUGGAGAGUGUCUUCUAGGGCAGGAGGAGGCUGAUCUCACCAAGUUUCCACUGACUGUUGUCUCUGUGAAGACUGAAGAGCAUGAAGACAAACCACCCGAGUCCUCACAGCUUCAUCACAGUCCAAACGUCCAGCAGCUGCUUUGUCAUCGAGAGGGGCCCCCCGCUGAUUUGCUGGAGGGGAGCGCCACUUUGAAGCAGGAGGAUCCACAGCCCCCCCACUUUAAAGAGGAAGAGGAGAAACUCUGGGUUGCUCAGGAGGGAGAGUGUCUUCCACGGCAGGAGGAGGCUGAUCUCACCAAGUUUCCACUGACUGUUGUCUCUGUGAAGACUGAAGACCAUGAAGACGAACCACCUGAGUCCUCACACCGUCAUCACAGUCCAAGUUGGGAGAACAGAGUUGUGGAAUCUUCAAGAAGCAGCUCAACUCAACACAUGACAACAGAAGCUGAUGGAGACCACUGUGGAGGAUCACAAGCAGACAAGCUCUUAGCUCCACUAUCAGAUAGUGACGAAACAACGUCACACGUUAAUGUAAAAAUGGAAUUACACAUGAGAACACACACGAGACUAAAACCUUUCAGUUGCUCUGUUUGCGGUAAAAGAUUCUCCGUCAAAAGCAACAUGAAGUCACACAUGAAAACACACACCGGAGAAAAACCCUUUGGUUGUUCUGUUUGCACAAAAAGGUUUGUUGAAAAAUCUAAUUUGACUCGACAUAUGAGAACACACACGGGAGAGAAACCAUUCAGCUGUUCAGUUUGCGAUAAGACAUACUCUAAGAAAUGUAAUAUGCAAACACACAUGAGAACGCACACCGGAGAAAAACCUUUCAGUUGUUCAGUUUGUGGCAAACGAUUCUCUAACAAACUUAAUAUGCAAAUACAUUUCAGAACCCACACAGGAGAAAAACCUUUCAGUUGUUCAAUCUGCGGUCAAAGAUUCUCUGCCAAAAAUAUUAGGCAAAGACAUAUGAUGACACACACAGGAGAAACCCGCCAUAGUUGUUCAUUUUGUGCAAAAGGCUUUGUUAAAAACACUGAUUUGACUCGGCACAUGAGAACACACACGGGAGAAAAACCUUUCGUUUGUCCGGUUUGUUGUAAAAGAUUCUCUGACAAAGGUCAUAUGAAAAUACACAUGAGAACACACGCAGUAGAACAACGUUUCCGUUGUUCAGUGUGUGGUAGAGGACUUCCUGACAAAUACAGUCUGCAAACACACAUGAGGACGCACACGGGAGAAAAACCUUUCAGUUGUUCGGUGUGCGGUAGAACAUUUUCUGACAAAUACAACAUGCAAACACACAUGAGAACGCACACAGGAGAAAAACCUUUCUGUUGUUCAGUGUGCAGUAAAAGAUUCUCUAGCAAACAGAAUAUGCAGAUACACACGAGGAGUCAUACAGGAGAAAAACCUUUCAGCUGUUCAGUGUGCGCUAAGAGAUUCUCUGACAAAAGUAGCAUGCAAAGACACAAGAGAACACAUACAGGAGAAUACCUCAUCUGGGAAAGUAAGAAGUGCCUGGCUAACUGUCAAAUGAAAGAUUCCUACUUCUUAUACCUGCACCAGUAUAUGGAUGGAUUUGCCGACAAACUACUUUUAAUGGCGGGCUCGGUCCCCACUAUUUAUGGCAAAGGAGGAGACCAUGAAACGGUCCAGCAGUCCUCCCACAUUAAAGAGGAAGAGGAGGAAGUGUGGAUCACUCAGGAGGAAGAGUGUCUUCUAGGGCAGGAGGAGGCUGAUCUCACCAAGUUUCCACUGACUGUUGUCUCUGUGAAGACUGAAGAGCAUGAAGACAAACCACCUGAGUCCUCACAGCUUCAUCACAGUCCAAACGUCCAGCCGCUGGUUGGACUUCCUCAUUCACAGGGUGUCAACUCCAUUUUGAAGCAGGAGGAUCCACAGCCCCCCCACUAUAAAGAGGAAGAGGAGGAACUCUGGAUCAGUCCGGACGCAGAGUGUCUUCUAGGGCAGGAGGAGGCUGAUCUCACCGAGUUUCCACUGACUGUUGUCUCUGUGAAGACUGAAGACCAUGAAGACAAACCACCUGAGUCCUCACAGCUUCAUCACAGUCCAAGUGGGAAGAACAGAGCUGUGGAACCUUCAAGAAGCAGCUCAUCACAACACAUGACAACAGAAGCUGAUGGAGACCACUGUGGAGGAUCACAAGCAGACAUGCUCUUAGCUCCACUAUCAGAUAGUGAGGACACAACGUCUCCCGUUAAUGUAAAUAUGGAAUCGCAUACAAGAACACACACUGAAGAAAAACCCUUUGGUUGUUCAGUUUGCACAAAAGAGUUUAUUAAAAGCUCUCAUUUGACUCGACACAUGCGGACACACACAGGAGAAAAACCUUUCAGUUGUUCAGUUUGCGAUAAAAGAUUCUCCAUCAAAACUAACAUGCAAAUACACAUGAGAACGCACACGGGAGAAAAACCUUUCAUUUGCCCAAACUGCGGCAAAAGAUUUUCUCAAAACGGAGCGAUGCUGUCACAUAUGAGGACACACACGGGUGAAAAACCUUUCAGUUGUUCAGUCUGUGGUAAGAGAUUCUUUGACAAAAGUAAAAUGCAAACACACAUGAGAACACACACGGUAGAAAAGCCUUUCAGUUGUUCAGUUUGUGCUAAAGGGUUUGUGAGAAACUCUGAUUUAACACAGCACAUGCGAACACACACAGGAGAAAAACCUUUCAAUUGCUUGAACUGCAGCAAAACGUUCUCUCAAAAGGGAUCGUUGCUGUUACACAUGAGUACACACUCAGGAGAUAAACCUUUCAGUUGUUCAGUUUGCGGUAAAAGAUUCUCCAACAAAAAUAAUAUGCAAAAACACAUGAAAACACACACAGGAGAAACGCCCUAUAGUUGUUCCGUUUGUGCCAAAGGCUUUGUUAGAAACUUUAAUUUGACUCAACACAUGAGAAAACACACAGGAGAAAAACAAUUCAGUUGUUCCGUUUGUGGUAAAAGUUUCUCUGACAAGCAUAAUAUUCAGUCACACAUGAGAACGCACACGGGGGAAAAACCUAUCAGUUGCUCAGUGUGCGGUAAAAGAUUCUCUGACAAACGGAAUAUCCAGAGACACAUGAGAACGCACACAGGAGAAAAACCUUUCAGUUGUUCAGUGUGUGGCAAAAGUUUAUCAAACAAACAGAACAUGCAGAAACACAUGGGGACACACACAGGAGAAUAACAUUUCCUUUUUGUUAGUUGAAUGGACCUGAUAGUCACAAAAUAGUCAUUACUGCAGGGCUUCUAAAAACUCCGGACUUUGGUCCGGAUAAACCAGUCAGGAUGGUUUGUUAUGAAUUACAAAACCCUAUCAGGUACUUCAACAUCAACAAUCAAUACCCUGGAAAGAUCCUCGACCGAUGCAGUCAUCUCUUUACACUUCUAAAGAAGUUAAUUGCGAAAGGGUGCCGAGCUGUCAUCCUGGUGGAUACGCUUUUUUUGUAAUGGUCAACUAUAUCGCGACGAGAAAGCUAUGCCACUUUUAUUCCUCUCUUAAUACAGCAUGUCAUAGAACGCAUGUAAACAUAGCCAUACCCACUGUGGAAAUGUAAACUAAAUGCUUACUGUUGUUUUCUCUUGUAUCAUUUCCUAUUGUGUGUACCAACCCACCCCUCCUUUCUUCUUUUUUCUUUAUUUGUCCUCCUUUUUCGAUUCGUCUAUCUGUCAUAUUGCUCUGUCUUCCUCCGCAUUUACCACAAUUAAACUACACACGCUCAAAAUGUAUU